UCCAGACUGACCAAUAGCACGACUGGCAGUGACAGCGGGUACACACGACGGUCAACAGCUGCGACUCUAAUCAAAACAGAGAAGAUUUAUUUAUUAUUUUCUGUCAUGCUGGGAAGAAAGUGAGACGUAACUACAGUAUUAAUAUCAACAAUGAGGUCUCCUCGCUCUAAAAGUCGUUAAACGUCGUGUUGUCUUUGCGUUUUUUUUUUUUUAUUUUCCUAUCGACUUCAUUAUUGUUAUUGUGUCAUUUUUUUAAGCAUGGAUGCUGAGGGGCCCCAGGCGCUGUGCGACCUCUGCUUGGCCCAGGUGUGCUGCAGCUUGGACGCUCUGUGCAGCAUACGAGCAGACGGCUCCAUGAGCCUCAUCUGCGCUCCGCUCUUCCCACAGGAAAUGGCUGACCAGCUGCUGCAUAAGAUGGCAACUAAAGGAAUGCUGAAUGAUACGACUGUUGGGAUUUUCCGAAAUUGCGAAGAGCUCCGACUGCGUCGAGCCUCCAUCCGCUGCUGUCAAGUGUCUGCAGAAGCUUUCCGCUUGGCACUCUGCCCCCAUCGGCUCCAGGAACUAGAUGCAUCUUUUGUCUCUGGGGGUCUAACGGGGGCAAACAUUGUCUCUGGUCUGGCGUCCAACCCUGAGUGCAGGUCUAGCCUGCAAAGGUUGUCCCUCAGUGGUUUACUCCUGGACUGGGGGUCUCUGGAGGAGGACGGCGGAGUCUGUGUUGGCUUCAGCUCCCUGCAGGGUCUUAGAACACUGAACCUUGCCAACACAGACCUAAACGACGGUGUCCUCGAGGACAUCUGCACUCUCCCUCACCUGGAGAGUCUGGAUAUCUCCUGCACUGCAAUCUCAAAGCUUACCGCACUGCUUCAGUGCAAAAACACACUGAGAUCCUUAAUUGCCCACAGGUUGCGGCAGCUAGAUAUGUCGCCUGGCCAGUUGCUUUUUGUCUUCAGCCAACUCAAUGCUCUCAGGCACCUUGACUUCUCAGAUGACCAUUUUGCUGUGGAUGAUAGUGAUGGAAGAGAUGGAGACGAGACAGUCCGACAGCUACUGGAGGGGAGUCCUCAGGUCCUCCCCGCAGUUAUUUCUUUAGACAUCUCUGGACGUAAGAGAAUCACUGACGCUGCAAUCAGAUUCUUUGUGGAGUCCAGGAGUGGACUGGUCUUCUUGGGCCUGUUGGCCACUGGGGUUAGCUCCUGUGACGUCCUUUCAACACGGAAAAACCUAAAAGUAACUGGAGAGGCUAAUGAGAACCAGCUGUGUGAGGCCCUCAGACGGUACAGAGACCGGGAGUGUUUCGUCCGGGAGGCCCUAGUCCAUCUCUACAAUCUAACCAUUGACACUGACAAACCACAACCAGACGUGCUGAAGCUGGUGGUGAGUGGGAUGCAGAGUCACCCCACCUCCCUGCACGUCCACCUUGUGGCCACAGCUUGUGUGUUCAACCUGACCACUCGGGACCUGGCAGAGUCCAUGCCUGUCGGCCUGCUCAGCUCCACUGUCACCCAGCUGUUGUACUCCAUGAAGACCUUCCCCAACCACCAGCAGGUGCAGAAGAAUUGUCUGCUGGCGCUCUGCAGUGACUACGUCCUUCAGGAUGUUCCUUUUGACAAGUAUGUAGCAGCCAUGCUAGUGAUUAACUGGCUGAGCAGCCACGAGGAGCCGACCCUUCAGAGGAUGGCUGUGGCCGUCAUCUCCAUUCUGGUUGCGAAGUUGUCCACAGAGGAGACAGCACAGCUCAGCAAGGACGUCUUUAUUAUGAAGCAGCUGCUGGCUAUCGUGCAGCAGAAAGCCAUGGUGGGAGUGGUAGACUCCACUUUGAAGUUUGCGCUGAGUGCACUUUGGAACCUGACGGAUGAGAUGCCCACAGCAUCCCGCAACUUCAUUGAGUGCCAGGGCCUGGAGCUGUACGAGGAGGUUCUUGAGUCCUACUACACUGAGCCUUCAGUACAGCAGAAAGUUCUUGGCCUUCUGAAUAACAUAGCAGAAGUGGAGGAGUUACAGUCUGAUCUGAUGGAGGAGGACCUUUUGGAGCACAUCCUCAAUCUCCUGCAGGACUCUCAUGUAGAGGUGGGGGUCCGUUACUUUGCGGGGGGGAUACUUGCGCACCUCACUUCCAGAGCAGAGGCCUGGACCCUGGACGAUGAGCUUCGAAGCACCAUACUGAAGCAGCUGCAUGAUUCCAUAAUAACAUGGAGCCACCUUGAGAGAGAAAUGGUGUCUUACAGGUCGUUCCGUCCGUUUUGCCCUCUGCUCCAGACAUGUCAGCCCUCAGGAGUGCAGCUGUGGGCAGUCUGGGCCAUACAUCUGGUCUGCAGUCAAAACACUUCCCAUUACAGCGGCAUGCUGGAGAAGGAGGGCUUGACUGAACUUCUGAAAGCUUUGGCUGCUCAUCCCGACACCCACAGCGACAUCAAAGGACUAACAGACAGCAUAUUGCGCCUGGUGGAGCGACACCAGAGUCAGACGGGAGCGUUCAACAACCAGACGGAGCCUCGAAACUCCUGACAAAAGUGGGAAGAAACAGAUUCUAUUUGAUUCAGUGUGUUAGAGCUGAGAGCUAAAAUGUGCUAGAUAUAAGUUUGGAGAUUCAGCAGAGGCAGCAUUAGAGUGCGGCCAUUACAUAUGAACCCUUAAUAGAAUAAAUAUAUACUGAACUUAUAUGGAGUACGAGUACUAAUUGUCAAAAUCAGUUUGUGUUAUUAUCUGGUUUUAAGCUAAAUAGUAUUCACUGUACUAAUUAACAUUUGCUCUACUUGCUACUUAAAAAUGUUCUGCUUGUGAUGCAAAUCAUGCAUAUUUCCAAAAGGUGUCAGUAGAGGGUGCUUUAGCCCCAUGGCUCUGGGACUGUUUUGCCUCGAAGACACGUAAAAUAUUAAGUAACUAGAUGUAUAAACUGAAAAUCGUGCGUGAUAAAUCACCAGAUAGCAAAGCAAUCUGGAUGUGCUGUUUUUCUGUCUCUACUGAGGGAUUAUUACACUGUCUCCUCUCCUCUCUUCUCCCUCCUUUGCUCUCUCUUACACUCUCUCCCCACGGUAUGCCAGAUGCAGAAUUCAUUAUAUUUUAUGUAAUGCAUCUGGAAGACAGAGCAGCUCCCUGGCAUCUAGGGUGUCUAUUAUAAGUUGCCCUAUUAAUAAUUCUUUCUGAAAAAUGGAUUAACAAGCUCACAUGAAUAUUUGACUCGCACUACCGUUCUCAGAUUUCAAACAUCAAAUACACUUGAUUCACCUUUUCUAUUUCUUUUUCUUUU